AUGCCGAUGGUAUGGAAUGACGAGGCCGACGCACGGCUCUUUACCGCUGUGCUCGCUACGACAGACGUGAAAAUCGAUUGGAAGGCAGUUGCUGCGCUUAUGGGUCCUGAAUGCACGCCAAAAGCCCUGACUCACCGCAUCACGACCAUCAAGAAGAAAGCCGGAAUAUUAUCCAACGGUAGCAGCACCGCGACUCCCGCCUCAGCAACUCCUGCAGCCCCCGUGUCCGGCAAGCCAGCAAACCCACGAAAGCGUGCUGCCAAGUCUGACGCGACCGCGAAUGCCGACAGCAGCGUAAAGGGAGCCAUGGAAGACGACGCUGACGACGGCGCUCCAACAGCCAAGAAGGGAAAGACCAAGGAUACUCGUAAGGGGUUUAAGAAGUGUGCUCCCGCCGCUCCAGAUAUGACUCCCGGGGAAGAAAGCAAGAAUGUCAAAUGCGAAAGUGAUUGUGAAGGCGAUAGCGAUGGCGUCCAAGAAUGA